GCGGAGCUCGGCGGGGGACGCGUCGCUCUUUCCGUUUCCGGCGGCCGAAGCGAGCGGAGGCGCCAUGUCGGCCCAUCUGCAGUGGAUGGUGGUGCGGAACUGCUCCAGUUUCCUCCUCAAGCGGAACAACCAGACCUACAGCACUGAGCCCAACAACCUGAAGGCCCGGAAUUCCUUCCGCUACAACGGGCUGAUCCAUCGGAAAACCGUGGGGGUGGAACCGGCCCCGGACGGCAAAGGCAUCGUGGUGGUCCUCAAGAAGCGCUCAGGGCAGCGCAAACCGGCCACGUCGUACGUGCGGGUGCGGAUCCGGCGCGACGCCCGCGGGUCCCUGCGGAGCCUCCGGCACCUCAUCAGCAAGAACAAGUACAGGAGGGACCUGAGAAUGGCCGCCCUGCGCCGGGCCAGCGCCAUCCUGCGCAGCCAGAAGCCCGUGGUGGUGAGGAAGAAGAGGGUGAGGGCGGCCAAGGCCCCGUGAAUAACCCCUCUAAAACAAAAUAAAGGGUCUCAGCAACUCCC